AUGGAUCAAAAAGAUAUAGAUGUAAAAACGUAUCCUCCUCAAACAAUUGCUAAAAUAUUUUCUUUGGCAUUUGCAGAUCCUGCGACGAAAAUUUCGUCAUCAGCUUUGACUUUAUGUUCAGAGUAUAUUCGUAUUUUUUGUAAAGAGGCAAUAUGGAGAGCUGCUACAUCUAAGCGUGAGUAUGAGAAUAAGGAUGAAAAUGAACAGAUCUCUUUAGGAGUUGAGGAUUUAGAACGAAUUGCUGGGCAAUUGACACUGGACUUUUCAUAA